GGGGGAACAUGGACCGGAAGUGACGUACCAGUUCCGGUUGGCCGGAGCCCCGCGGCGGGUGUGAGAGUCGGUCAGGUGCUGCUUCCAGGAUCCUGAGAUCCGGAGAAGCCGGAGUCGGAGCGGAUAGCUCCUCAAGAGUUAUUGAUCUAUGAAAUGGCAGAGAAUGGAAAAAAUUGUGACCAGAGACGUGUAGCAAUGAACAAGGAACAAUAUAAUGGAAAAUUCACAGACCUCUCUUCAGUGAAUGAAAAGAAGAAGAGGGAUCGGGAAGAAAGGCAGAAUAUUGUCCUGUGGAAACAGCCACUCAUUACCUUGCAGUAUUUUUCUCUGGAAAUCCUAGCAAUCUUGAAGGAAUGGACCUCAAAAUUAUGGCAUCGUCAGAACACUGUGGUGUCUUGUUUACUGCUGCUUGCUGUGCUUAUAGCUGCGUAUUGUGUUGAAGGAGCACAUCAACAGUAUGUGCAACGUAUAGAGAAACAGUUUCUUUUGUAUGCCUACUGGAUAGGCUUAGGAAUUUUGUCUUCUGUUGGGCUUGGAACAGGACUGCAUACGUUUUUGCUUUAUCUGGGUCCACACAUAGCGUCAGUUACACUAGCCGCUUAUGAAUGCAAUUCAGUUAAUUUCCCCGAACCACCCUAUCCUGAUCAGAUUAUUUGUCCAGAUGAAGAGGGCAUCGAAGGAUCCAUUUCUUUGUGGAGCAUCAUCUCAAAAGUUAGGAUCGAGGCCUGCAUGUGGGGUGUCGGUACAGCAAUCGGAGAACUGCCUCCAUAUUUUAUGGCCAGAGCAGCUCGACUCUCGGGUGCUGAACCAGAUGAUGAAGAGUAUCAAGAAUUUGAAGAGAUGCUGGAACAUGCAGAGACUGCACAAGACUUUGCCUCCCGGGCUAAGCUGGCAGUUCAGAACCUAGUACAGAAGGUUGGAUUUUUUGGAAUUUUGGCCUGUGCUUCAAUUCCAAAUCCUCUAUUUGACCUGGCUGGAAUAACAUGUGGACACUUUCUUGUACCUUUUUGGACUUUCUUUGGUGCAACCUUGAUUGGAAAAGCAAUAAUUAAAAUGCAUAUUCAGAAAAUCUUUGUUAUAAUAACAUUCAGCAAACACAUAGUGGAACAGAUGGUGGCUUUCAUUGGUGCUGUCCCCGGCAUAGGUCCGUCUCUGCAGAAGCCGUUCCAGGAGUACCUGGAGGCCCAGCGGCAGAAGCUUCACCACAGAGGCGAGAUGGGCACACCGCAGGGAGAAAACUGGCUGUCCUGGGUGUUUGAGAAGUUGGUCGUGGUGAUGGUUUGUUACUUCAUCCUGUCUAUCGUUAACUCCAUGGCACAAAGCUAUGCCAAAAGAAUCCAGCAGCGGUUGGACUCAGAGGAGAAAACUAAAUAAGCAGGAAGUUUUUUCACAGCAGAAAUUUGAAUGGAUGGGUCCUGCCUUAAUUGGGAGGACUCCAGACCAGGAAAGAAAAUUCCCUUUUCCAUCCUGUAUCAGUUUAAUUUUCUUUUUCCUGAAAGCAGUUUAAUCCAUAUCUUGCACUGACAUACUUUUCCUUUGUGUGUUAAGGUAAGGUAUCCACCCUCAAUUCAAUUCAGAUUGUAUUUUAUUAGGGUGGAGUGUGAUGUUCAGCAGCAAACGCAACAGAAACUGGCCUUUUAUUUGUGACUUUGAAAAGGCCCACAUCAUACAAUUAAAGAAUUCCGGACACCACAAAAAAAGUUCCUAAGUAUGUUAAAUAUGUCAAGCUUUUAGGCUUGUCACAAAUGACUGCUUUGUUUUUCUAAGUCAUCAAAAUGUAUAUAAUUAUUAGAUGGGAUAACAGUCUUGCAUGUCUAUCAUGGUAAAAUUUAAUAUGCCAUCCUGCCCGGCCCUUCCUCUCCUACCUGCAAAAAAAAAGGCCAUUUUAUGAUGCAUUGCACACCCUCUUGGGAAAUUGAUCUUUAAAUUUUGAGACAGUAUAAGGAAAAUCUGGUUGGUGUCUCUCAAAUGAGCUGACACUAUUUUUUAUUCUGUACAUUUAGAAUGAAGUCAUAAAACAAAACUUUAUAAAGACCUCUUUGAUCAUUCCAAAAUUGUGUUCGUUUUCUUGAGCGUUUUGAUUUUUCACUUCUUUUAGCUUCUACCAACUGAAUGGCAGCCUUGCCAAACCCACCUACAAUCCUAAUUUCUUAAGCUUUCACUUACUUGGACGGAAAGGGACACCAGGAGGCAUUUUGGUUAGGCUGGAGUCGGGCAGCCGGCUGCACGCUGCUGAAGUGAAUGGCACCCUAUGAAUUGGCGUGGUGAGGGGUUUCUUGGUUUGUGGGAACAGGAGAUAUGGUAGCAUACAAGUAAACACUGGAGAGAGAACUCGUGUUUUUAAAAACCCACACUUUUCUCACGUGUUAAUUUUAGCUCAGCGUGUCCUCUGGUUUUAAGAGAAAUUUAUAUGUAACCUACUUUUCUUGCCCUUUUCAGUUUUGUUCUGUGCUUUUUUCCUUUGUGAUGUUUCUAGUUAACUUGGUCAUUUUGUUUUUUGCUUGGGAGGGAAAUAAACAAUUUCGCUUUUUUCCCUUCAGGGAAGUUUGGUACUGACAUUGCAUUGAAGGUAGAGUGGGUGUACAUCUAACAGGCCGGAAGUGCCCGGUCGGUUUUGUCAAACCCGCCUGAGUGUCUGCUUGUUGUGCCCACCGUCUUGACAUCUCCAUGGCCGUACCACCUUGUCGGGUAGCUUAUCAGACUGAUGUUGACUGUUGACUCUCAUGGCAACAGCAGUCGAUGGGCUGUCCGACAUUCUGGUAUCUCUCAUCUGACCAUCCAUUCCGAAUGUUCCCAUCCUCACAUGACCCAGCAUCAUGGUGUAUGGUUUAUGGUUUCUGCAGAAACCCUGUCCUCUGUCCAGUGGCGCUUCGAAUCUUUUAUGUCGUGAUAUUGCAGCAUAGGCAGGAGGAUCUUACGGAAAAUUGGGAUGCUUGCCAUGACCACAGACAAAUAAAGUAUAAGCAACCAGCCUUGUGGGUUUUGAAAAGGUUGUUCUUAAUCUAUUUUUUCCACCCAGGGACUUUCUAGCAGUAUGACUGUUUGUUACCUUAUUUAAAAAGCAGUACCCAAAUGCUUUAUUUAAAUAGAUUCACAUUAAAAGCAUAAUUGUUUUAGAUUCUGUAGGGGUCAUGUAACGUUCUAAGCCAGCUUCUAACCUAGUUGUAUUUCAUCUCUUUCACCUGCAUUUUAUUUGGUGUUUGUCUAAAGAAAGGAAAGAGGAAAGCAAGUAUGAAUUGUUCUAUUUGUACUAAAUCUUGGGGAUUUUUUUGGUAAAUUUAUUUCAGGGUAGGGUAUUAGAAAAAAGAAAAAAAUGUGUCUUAGUCUGAAGGUCUAAGUGAUUAAUACAUUAGGCUUAAUGAUGACAGUUUGUUCACUCUUUCAAAUGAAUUGGCUUUGAAAACAAACGAAGAGCAUCUCUCCUCCUUUCGUCCUGCUGGACUCCAGCUGGAGUAGGAGGCCACUACCCCGUGUUCCAGUGCCAGGCGUGUUCCUUUCUUGUGUCCACCAGAGUGGGCGCAGACAACUACGCAGUCCAUCCCAGAGACAUCCCUAGUUCAUUCCAGCUGAUGGGAGACCAGAAACUUUGUAAAUGGAUGGUUUGAUAUUACUGCAAAUAAAAAAAAGGGCCUGGGAAUUUUGAUUCCA